AAAAAAAAGACACGGAUAAGCGGAAGUUGCCUAGUGGUCCACUUCCUGCUGGAUUAGCUCUCGGCGCAGUUCCUCCUCUGUUUCUCUCUCGUCGUUUGGUUUCUAGCAAAAGCAACAAUGUCCGAAAGAAAAGUGUUGAAUAAAUACUACCCUCCGGAUUUCGAUCCGUCCAAAAUCCCAAAGCUCAAACUCCCCAAGGAUCGACAGUAUGUGGUGAGAUUGAUGGCUCCAUUCAAUAUGAGGUGUAAAACAUGUGGCGAGUACAUCUACAAGGGGAAGAAGUUCAAUGCACGCAAAGAGACGAUUCAGAAUGAGCUGUACAUGGGACUGCCAAUCUUCCGUUUCUACAUCAAAUGUACUCGGUGUCUUGCUGAGAUUACUUUUAAGACUGAUCCAGUAAACACAGAUUACGCUAUGGAGCAUGGUGCAACACGUAACUUCCAAGCAGAGAAACUAAUUGAGGAGGAGGAGAAGAGAAUCCAGCAGGAGAGAGAAGAGGAGGAACUCAACAACCCCAUGAAGGUGUUGGAGAACCGCACAAAGGAUUCAAAGAUGGAGAUGGAGGUUUUAGAGAAUCUCCAGGAGUUGAAGGAGCUGAACCAGAGGCAGGCUCAGGUGGACUUCGAGGGAAUGAUCGGCCAGUACAGACAACUGGAGAAGAGGGAGAGGGAACGGGAGAAAGAAGAGGAUGAGCAAGAAACCAAGGACAUGUUGGAGCGAGCCCUCGUGAAAAGACUGAGAGAUUCUGACUCUGACUCGGAGAAAGAAGAAGAGGAGAGCAGUGGCUCGCAGUCAAACAAGUCCAGCGCGGACAAACCAACUGACAUCCUCACCACUUACAAACCCACAGAGACACAGGGAGCCUCAGCUGGAGGGGUGAAGAAAGCCAAGCUGGAGAGCUGGGAGAAGAGUGUGGGGACACUGGGUGGUGUAAAAGCUCUGGGGUCCCUGGUGGUGCGAAAGAAACCAACAGCAGCUGUCAACAAACCCAGUCCAGUGGUGGCUACUGCUGCUCCAUCGUCACAAACAGAUUCACAGGCAUCGAAGACGGCUGAGUCUCCAAAUGCUUCAAAGCCAGUAACCACGCAAAAUAGCUCUUCGUCUCUCAGCCUGCUGGGGGCGUAUUCAGACAGUGACAGCAAUGACAGCGACUGAGCGGAAGAUUACUUGAGUGAUUGACACACAAUUAUAUGAGUGACGCAGAAAUGAAUGCGAUGAUAUGGACUUCUUUGUACUUCACAAAAUUGUGUUAAACCAGUUUAUAGGUCUACCCCAUGAAAACUUUUCUGUAAAGAAGUGACUGAUGGACUGUCAGGAACAGAAAUUGUAUUGUCUGUUGUCAAAAUCCAGUGAAACCAAAAUAAUCUUCCGCAGCAGAUCCACUUGUUUAUUGACCUGUUUUUGUUGAGAAUUUUACCUAUUAAAAAAAAAAA